AUGUAUCUGUUUCUUUCAACAUGUGGUAUCAUCAAGCGCCCGGCGCGACUGCGCAUCUGUCUACGUCAUUACUCUCCCCCCUCACUUGAUCCCCCGCUGAGACCUGUUACGUUAGGUCGGCGGCUCGUCCGCUCGUCGCUCAUUCAGUUGGCAUUUGGCAUUCGCAAACAUCGUAGCGCGCCGCCUACAAUACCGUCAAGAUAUGACAAUCGUCAUUCCUCCGAAGAAGAUGGCCGUCGGCUAGCGUCUAACAGAUUACCAGCUAUUGAGGAACUGACCCUAGGUCUGAAACAAAAGCUUCAUCUGCAGGCUCGAGCUCGUGCUGCACCUUACUACAUUAGAAAACAAGAACCUGUCGAUCUUGUUGAAAGAUUGCUGGAACAACGUGCCCUUGUCGCCGAAGCUGUUCGGAGAUUACAAGAAAAGAAACAACCGUGUCAUGAAAUCUCUGUAGAUUCAUAA